AUGCUGUCCCAACGACUUGCACGCGCCGCCCUGGCGACAGCUACCCCGCGCCAAGCUGCCCGUAUGCUCAGCGGCUCAUCGAUCACGGCUUCCAAGCACACCCCUGCGAUGGCAGACAUCAACCCCGAGGACGGCAGCGUCGAGGCCUUCAACCGCAAGCAGAAGGCAUUCCGAGAGCAGUUGGUGGCAGCUCAGAAGGAGCGGGAUGCUAAACGAGCGGCAGAAAUCGCCGAGAAGGAGCCGCCCCGGAAGGCAGGCCCCCUGACCAACCUCAUAUACGGCACAAAGGAGGGCCGCGAGCUUGACGCCCAGCUCGAGGCCAGCUUCAGCCAGGUCCUCGCGCGGGGCAAGUACGUGCACAGCAUCGUGUUCCACGAGGUGAAGCCCGACAAGGUGGAUGAGUAUGUUGAGCUUGUGGGCAACUGGUACCCCCGCAUGGCCUCCCUGCCCGAGAAUAAGGUUCAUCUGGUGGGAAGCUGGCGGACAGAGGUGGGAGAUGUUGAUACCUUCGUCCACAUCUGGGAGUACCAGCGAUACACAGGCUACCACACGUCUCUGCACAACAUCUCAUCGCAUCCCGACUUCCCCGAGUUCGACAAGAAGCUGAGGGCGCUCAUUACUUCCAAGAAGACAUCGGUAAUGCAGGAGUUCAGCUUCUGGCCCACCACUCCCCCGCGACAGCUUGGCGGCGUGUUCGAGCUCCGUUCCUACACGCUUAGUCCGGGCAACCUGCUCGAGUGGGAGACCCAUUGGCGGAGGGGACUCAAGGCGCGGCGCGAGGUGAUGGAGGGCGUCGGAGCCUGGUUUGUGCAGAUCGGCGACCUUAAUACGGUGCACCACCUCUGGCAGUUUGCCGACCUGGAAGAACGGAAGGUCCGUCGUGAAGAUUCUUGGCGCAUACCCGGCUGGGCGGAUACGGUCCACAAGACGGUGCCCUUGAUUCAGACGAUGAAGUCGAGGAUCUUGAUCCCAAUGCCCUGGUCGCCAGUUGCCUAA